UCCUCGGAGAUGCUGCCAGGGCUGCCCUCCCUCCUGGCCUUGUCCGUGCUGUGGCUGAGCAGCCUCGCCCUCCGGGGCCUCUCAGAGCAGUCUAUAAAGUGUUUUCCUGAGAUGGGUCCAUCUACAGAGUGGAUAGUCAGAAACAAACUGACUCCAGGAGGGUUGCAGACCCUCCGUGUGGAUUCUGUUGCCAGCUCCGAGCCCAAUUCGGAUGCAGUCCUUUUGAACGUAAGCUGGACACUCAAGCAGGAUGGCAGCAUCCAGAUGCUAAAGGCCACCAAGAUCUGUGUGGAUGGAAAAGGCCAAUUCUCAUCCUACAGCUGUGUGAGAUGCAAUUACACAGAAGUGUUUCACAGUCAAACCCCACCCCAUGGCAGCAAAUGGGAGUUUCAUUAUGUUGGAUUCCCUAUAAAGCCAGAAACCCCUUAUUUCAUCAGAGCCCAUAAUAUCCCACCUGCAAAUAUGAACGAAGAUAUUACAGCCAUCUCUGUGAAAUUCACCUCACCAGACUGCCAAGACCCAAUGAUGAAAUAUACAAAAAAGUGUCGAGAAUAUGGGAGUCUGUGGACCCCAAACAUCACCGCAUGUCAGAAGGAGAAGAGUGUGGAGGUGAAUUUUAGCACCAGCAGCCUUGGGUUCAAAUACCUAGUCCUGAUUGAGAAUGAUGAUGACGUCCUAGGGAACAGUGACAUUCUGGAGCUGAACCAGAGCAGGGCUUCUGUGAUCAUCCCAGUGACGGCGGAGAAAGGGAAAGGGGCCCUGGUUCAGAUAAUUCCUUAUUUCCCUACCUGCAACAAUGACUGCAUACGACGCAGAGGAGCUAUAGUCAGCUGUCCAGAAAUCAUCAAUCCAGUAAGCGUGAACAGAAGUCAACCACGGACACGUCAGAUGUUCCUCAUCCUCCCUCCUCUGAGUGUGGCCAUGUGGGCGCUAGGAGUUGGACUGUAUCUUUUGUGGAGGCAUGAAAAGGUCAAGAAGAUUCUUCUCCAUGCGCCCACGCUCCUUCCACCCAUUAAGGUGCUCCUGGUCUACCACCCCCAAGCCUGCUUCUAUCACACUGUCUGUGAUUUUGCUGAGUACUUGCAGGAUCACUGCAGAAGUGACGUUAUCCUUGACCAGUGGCAGAAGAGGAAAAUAGCAGAAAUGGGCCUCGUCUUGUGGCUCACGACCCAGAAGAAGGAGGCAGACAGAGUCGUGUUCCUCUUCUCCAGCCAGGCGGACACAUGUGACAGCUCCUGUAAGCCUAGUGCGGGCAGGCACAGAGAGAGCUCCCAAGACCUCUUCACUCUUGCAUUUAACCUUUUCUGUAGCGACCUGAAAAGCCAGGCCUCCCUGGCCAAGUACCUGGUCGUCUCGCUUGGAGAGGCUGCCUUGGCAGAGGGACACAGCGCCCUCAGUGUUUGCCCCAGGUACCAGCUCAUGAAGGACGCCAACCCCUUCUGUAAAGACCUCCUCGCCAUCUAGCCCCGGCGACCUGCUCACAGCCCUGCUAAUUAUCCUCGAAAGGGUCCAGGAAGGACAGAGCAACUUCAGGAAGCAAAGGGGAAAAGCGUUCAAGGGCUUCUCUUGGGGCCACACGAACACUAAGUGAAACAGAACCCUUGCUCAGUAACACCUCGGCCCUUUGAAUGUGUGGUCAGCUUCUGGGGGGUGGGGGGUGGGGGUGCGCUGGGAAACUGGGAAGGGGAGGAAGGUUAACAUUUAGGGCUCUGUGGGUCAGGUUCCGGGCCACGUAUUUUUAGCCACAGAAGCAUUUGCUAAUAAGCAUGUCAAACUUCUCUCUGCUGACCUCACAACUGAGAAGUUAACUAUUUUUGCUCCUUUUCACAAAUGUACAUAAAGAGUGACUGAUAACGUCAACAUAACACCUGCUACAUGCAAAACACCAUGGGGGGGGCGGGAUGAGGGAAUAUCAUGGCCUUGAAAGUCAGGUUAAGAAACCAAUCAAAGGAUAAUCUGCAGUUAGACAAAAUAACAACAUCAUUCACUUGGAAGAACAAAAGGUCUAGAAUCUCAAGGGAAAUGAUUUUUUUAUAACACUGGAAUAAAACUGGAGAAUAAAUUGGAAUAAAAGGGGAUUAACCCUUCUAGAUCUCUAAUUAUAGUACAUAAAGGAGUAGAACAGCAGAUCACAACAGCCUAGACAAGAUGCAAUCAGACACAAUGGGACCUAAACUAUGCCCUGGGUUCAGAAAACUGAGAAUAUAAAUUACUUGGGGGAAGAACUUCCUAUUUGACAAGAACUGCUGAAAAACUAGAAAGUCAUCUGAAAGUAAAUGGGCUCAGAUCAUUGACUUCCACCAUAUACCACAAUAUGCUCAAAAGAGAUAAAGAACCUUAAUAUUUAGAUAUUAAAUUCCCACCAUGAAAACACUGGAAAAGAACCAGAUUAGGUACCUUUCAUUGGCUAUGAGAAGAGUUCUUAACUAAACAAAGGAUAGAAAUCAUCACAAAAGAUAAAACAGACCAUUGUGAUGACAUAAAGUGUAAGGUUCUUGCAUUAACAACUAGGAAGCUGUGAUCUGGGGGAAAAAAUCCUUUUAAAUGAGCUAGCUCUGAUACAGGUCUGACAUCCAAGAUCUAUAGGAAACUAAUCCAAAUGUAUAGUCAAAGGAAAGGAAUAAACAGUUCUCUAAAGAAUUGUAACUUAUUAACUACCACACGAAAGACUGCUGCAAACCAGUCAUAAUAAAGGAAAUCAAAACCACUCUCAGGUUUCCCCUGCACCCAGAAAACUGGCAAAAAUUAACUUUAAAUUGGUCCCACCUCUCUGAAGUGCGAGUGGGGACACUGCUAAGAGGGUAACUCGAGGGUCUAUCCCCGAGUGAGCUCGAGAUGCAGCCGCUGGGCACGGUCCGCAGGGAUCAAAGACAUGAAGUCCCAUGGCCAUGGAAGCAUUCACCAAGAUGACUGGGGAGCUCAUAAAGUGCUGAAACAUGGCUACGCCCUAAGAAUUCUGAGAAGCGCAGAAGACUCACACGGGCUGCUACAGAGUGGAGGAUGGAGAACCUGACAAACAGCACAGAGCAAUGGGAACAGAGAGCACAACAGUGACAAAACCCGGACCCUCUGCAGCUGUCCUUCCAAGCUGGGUCCCAAAGAAGUGAGGGGCUGGUGAGAUUUGUCCAGCUCUUGGCUUAUUCUUUACUUCUUAUAUUUGGACCUCUGGGUAUGAGAGCAGGGAAGGAUACAUUCAGGAAUGGAGAGGUUUUAAAGGGAUCAAUAAAGCAUUUUAUUUUCAUUUUUAACUUAAAUACAAAAAGACAUUUUUUUUUUAAGAGGGAAAAGAAAGGCUCCACAGUCGUAGCUGGACCUGACUCAUUUGGCCAAGGAGCAAACCCAAAGGAGGGGAUAUAAUAAAUAAAUAAGUAAUGUUUUCCAGCUUUAAGCCUUCCCAGAUCUCUCCUAACUCCCUUUAUGAUCAUCCCCACUCUAUCUACACAGAGCUCGUUUGUCCAUAGUUGUCUGUGGUCUCUGCCAGUAGACUGGGAGCUCCCUGAGGGCAGGGGCUGUCUUUUACCUUUCUGUAUCCCCAGCACUUAGCACAGUGCGUGGCAAAGAGCACGAGGUUAGUAAAUGUUGACUGACUGACAUUAUUUCUGCCACGGCCACCACGCUGAAGUCACUGGAUACUAAGGAAAACGUUGCCUCGGUUUGCAGGAUCCCGCCACUCUUUCUAGAAUGCUAACUUUGGCCCUCCGCAGGUCUCAGGUAGCUCAGAGCAGAUGGUCUGCCUACAAUGAGGAGUGCUCCAAGGUGACACCAAAGGGGGUCCUCUGUGUGUCAGUCCCAGGGCUGCCCAUUUCUUCACGUGAUUCUCCAAAGAGGUUCUUGGCGAGUCAUGCUCCAUACACAGCAGCGUCUUCAUCUUCUGAGUUCAUUCAUGAUGAGAAUGUCAACGUGUCGCUUGUACCAAUCUUGCAGCCACUUGGUAUUGGAUGAAUGAGUGAAUGAAGAAAACAUUUACUGAGUGCUUACUGUGUGCCCAGUACUGUGAUAAGUGCUGGGACAGAGAGAAAAACUAGAAUCUUAGCGCAGGAAGGGGUCUUGGCAGCCACGUGGCACAACCCACCCCGGGCUCUCCUUAAUAACACACAGGAUAAGGCCCCCAGAUGCCCAAGGAGG